UUCCCGUGUUAGUUCCGGUUCUUCUCCGCACGUUCUCCUUCCGCGGUUUGAAACGAAAAGCAGACGAACACAGUUUAUUCUGCGAGUAGAAAAAUAACCCAGACAAGAUGAGUAAAGCGCAUCCUCCCGAGCUGAAGAAGUUCAUGGACAAAAAGCUUUCAUUGAAGCUGAACGGAGGCAGACACGUGCAGGGCAUCCUGCGAGGGUUCGAUCCCUUCAUGAACCUGGUGGUGGACGACUCUAUUGAGAUGGGACCCGGAGGUCAACAGAACACCAUUGGCAUGGUGGUGAUCCGAGGAAACAGCAUCAUCAUGUUGGAGGCCUUAGAGAGAGUCUGACGAGGCGGAUCCUGACUUUUUUAAAAUUCUUUUUCAUUGACUUCUUUUUGUUUUUGACCUGAACCGUCACUCUCCUCUUUAGUUUGGAAAUGUUUUCAGUUGUUGGAUCUUGUGAAUAAAUCUGUUUUUCUUUGUAA